AUAUCUAGUGACUUUACGAGCGACCGCACCGCAGCGCCGCGCGACGGCCAGUCUCUUGGCUUCUUUCGUUUGUCGAACGUGUGUGAAAAUGGUUCUGCCGGCGAAGAAAUCCAAGGGCCCGAUGAAGAAGCAGGUCCUUCGCGGCAAGGGACAGAAGAAGAAGGUGUCCCUGAGGUUCACGAUCGACUGCACGCAUCCGGUGGAGGACAACAUUAUGGACGUCACGAAUUUUGAAAAGUAUUUACACGAUAAAAUCAAGGUUGGCGGAAAGACCAACAACUUCGGCAACAAUGUGGCCCUGGAGCGUAACAAGAUGAAGCUCACCAUCAACAGUGACGUAGAUUUCUCGAAGCGGUACCUCAAGUACCUGACGAAGAAGUACUUGAAGAAGAACAAGUUGCGCGAUUGGCUGCGAGUAGUGUCGAAGGAUAAGGAGACGUACGAAUUACGAUACUUCCAGAUCAACAGCCAGGAAGACGAGGACGAGGAGGACGCAGAGUAAUCCUCUAUUCUUUCCAUCGCAGACACGUCUGUAUAUAUUUCUUUUAAUAAAGAACAAUAAAACCCGA